AUGUUGAAGGUCCUCUUCCUCGCUUCGCUCACCUUGGGCGUGUCGGCUGUCCCCACAGCUAAGCACUACGCCGAACGCGACAACAACAACAAUAGUCUUGACAUCAAGCUCUCUGUUGAGAAUGAUCUUCUGGACGCUCCGACAGAUGGUCGCAUCGUGUUGAUGUUCGCUCCCAAUGGAACUGAUCCUCUCGACGAUACAGAUGUCACUUCUUCUCCGAACAAGAUUUUCGGAAAGAAUGUACACAACUUCGGACCAAAGCAAUCUGUUUCUUUCUCUGGUGGAAGUAACGACAGCACUACUACCGGUGUAUAUGGCUGGCCAAAUGUCACACUGAGUGACAUCGAUCCGGGCACCUACAGUGUGCAAGCUUUUCUCACACGCUAUGAGACCGUCACCCGCAGCGAUGGUUCGAAAGUCUCCGUGCGAUUUCCAUGCGGCGAUGGUGCACCCAAUGUUAAUGGCUAUGGAAGCUUGAUUACAUCACCUCAAGACAUUGAGAUCUCUGGAGGCGGUCAAACUCUCGAAUUGACUUUCAACAACAUCACUGCCGUUGAGAACUUCGCCGGCAAGGAGAUUGGAGGAUGCAACCAGGGCAACUACGAAGACACGGACACACUCAAGCACGUCAAGAUUCGCAGCAAGAAGCUGAGCAAGUUCUGGGGCCGCAACAGUUACGUUGGAGCCAACGUUGUACUCCCUGCUGGCUAUGACGCAAACGACAAGAAGACACGAUACCCCGUCAUCUACAACCAAGGUCACUGGCCAGCCGGUCAAGGUGCUUACAACUAUGGCGAUGAUGAGAAGUUCACGGCAGCCUGGGAUGCUGGUGUCAUUCCUGGUACCAACACGACUGCAGAGCGACCAGCGCCCAAGUUUAUCAUGGUGACGUUCCGUCAUGAAGCUCCGUACUACGAUGACUCGUAUGCUGUCAACACGGCAAACUUGGGUCCCUAUGGUGACGCCAUCAAUGAGGAGCUCAUACCUCAUCUCGACGACACUUUCAACACUAUCCGCGCACCAUACGCUCGUAUCCAGGACGGAGGCUCGACUGGUGGUUGGGAGUCAAUCGCCAACGUAAUUUACCGACCAGAUCUUUUCGGCGUGUGCUUCUCCUCCUACCCAGACUCUCUGGACUUCCACCGUCACCAAGACAUCGAGCUGUACAGCGCUGCUAAUGCAUACACACGUGCAGACGGUAGCUCCGUGCCCAGUAUCCGCACUCACACCAAUGGCACGGAGGUGAUUCUUGCCACUGCCGCGCAAGAAAACCACUGGGAACUAACCUUUGGCACAUCGUCACGCUCGUUUAAUCAAUGGGAUGUCUGGAAUGCCGUCUUUGGUGUCCAAGGUUACAACAACUAUCCUCUCGAGCCCUGGGACAAGGUCACUGGGGAGAUCUACCCCGAGGCCGUUGAAUACUGGAAGCCGUUCGAUCUUAGCGACUACAUCGUUACCAACUUCAACUCUUCCCGCAACCUCGGUGCCGCUCUUGCCGGACGCAUCUUCGUUUACGUAGGUACUUGGGACAACUACUUCCUUAACGAAGGUGUCAUGGAGUUCCAGAAGCGUACCGAUGCCGUUGGAGGAGCUGGCUGGGCCAAUGUCACGAUCCUGCCCGAGAAGCCUCAUGGCGGUAACUACCAGGCUCGCGAGAUCUGGGACUACCUUGAGUUGGUCGACCGUUGGGUGCAAGACCACGCUCCCGAUGGUCCUUCGCCACUUUCCCCAUCUGCUACCGCGCCGUCUACGCGUGGAAAUGUAUGGGAAGAUGUUAUCAAGUACGGUGGACGAAAAGCCGCCAUCAAGCGUCAAGCAGACCCCAAGAUCGAGGACAAGAAGGCCAAGGUGGGUCAGGAGGUUACUGCAAGUGUUGGACGAUGGGAUCCAGGCGUUAAGCUUACCGCACAGUGGAUCUUGAAUGGCAAGCCCGGAUGCGAAGCUUUCAGCGUUGAACAAGGAGCAAGCGUCAAGUAUGCGCCCACUGCGAAGGGCCGUGUUCAGCUACAUGUUACAGGAGAGAAGCGUAACUACGUAACAGAAACCCGCAAGAGUGAGAGGGUACUCGUAGGAAGGUAG